UCACCCGCUUCGAUUGCUAAAUCUGUUCAGGGAUCACUAUGUGUGAACCAACGUAAUUAUGAAGAAUCGUACGUAGACAAUCCUGAUGGCGAUGAUCAACUGGACCUUCUGAUUCUUGGAGUUCACGACCGUAAUCGAGCAUUGCAUGGCGAUGUGGUGAUUGUGCGCAUUAAAGAGCGCAUGAACUGGGUGAUCCGCGAGAACCUCUACCAGGCAUGGCGCGCUGGUCAUCUGAACGUCUCCCGCGAGGAUAAUGGUCAGCCGAUAACAAUUCCGCCGGUGGCAGCACCGAAAUCCGAUGAUCUCGUUGAGGUCUCUAUUGGAGGAUUGGCUGAUCCUCAUAUAAGGAAAGCGAAUCUGAAUCUCACCAUCCCUCCGAAUAAAGAUCGAAAAUACAGCCGACAAGCGAUGGUCAUCAUUGGAGCUCAGCACGAGAUCGCUCGCAGGGAAUCCCUGUCAGCACAAGGUGCUUCCACCGUACCUAUCAUUCAUCCUAGCCUCCCUCCUCCAGAUGUCCAGAAAACUAUCGAUUCUCUAUCGAUUGGACGUAUGGGUGACUUUGGUGCUUCGACGAGUGCCCAGUUGGCAAGGAAACUUCCUGGUGUACCGAAACGGACGCAGAUUGUGUCAAGUGGAAAGAGGGCUGCGUAUCGAACGCUAUCAGAAAUGCCCGAUGAAGACUGGGGAGUGCCAGAUGUGUGUCUACAGAAGACUGCAGAGGUUAUGUACAUUAUGGAAAUGAAGAAUUGUCGAGCAGCAAUGGGUCAACUGAAGGUGAUGACAGAUGGUAAUCGCAACUGGGCGCUCUUUUCGCCUACUGAUUCUCGAAUGCCGCGUAUGAUGAUACCUGCUGAUCAGCUGCCCUCAGGGUUCUUCGAAAGGCCGCAGGAUUUUGCAAAGUUCAUCUUUGUUGCAAGAAUGGUGGAAUGGCAAGCAACGGCGCAGUUUGCAAGAGGAAAGUUGGAACGUACGCUUGGUGUGGCUGGAGAUGUAGAGGCCUCUUGUUUCGCGAACAAUGUAGAUACACGUGAAUUCUCGUUAUCCGUGAUGCACUGUCUUCCGAUCUUCGAAACGAAACAGUGGACUAUAGAUGAGAAAGAAUUCAAGUAUCGUCGUGAUCUUCGUGAUAAUGUCGUCUUCACCAUAAGCGCAAGGAAUUCACAUGAAUUGGAUGAUGCAUUGUCUAUCGAAGAAAUCAGUGAUUGUGAUGGCAAUGAAACGCCUGGCUUCGAGAACACUGAACUAGACACAUGGGCUGCAAAUAGAGCUUGUACUGUGAAUCUCGUUCAUAAGGUUGGUUGGCUGAACUGA